CUUAAUGUAACAUGUAAACAAAAGAAAUAGACAAAUGUACAAGUGUAGUACACUUCCGGUGCCUCGAUCAGGCCAAGAAUGCCCAAGCUCUUGCGGUAAAUUAUCUAUCUAACUUGCCGGAUCCGCUCUUUCUGCUAUAGCUUUAAACUUGUGAACUCGGUUAUCGUGGAGACACUAGAGAUAAUAGGCAGAUUACAGACACACUUAGUGGUCGAAAGACAUGUCAAGAAUCUUGCUGUCAUCGCUGCUGCUGAUCCUGGCGUUAAUUAUCAUUCCAGAUGCAUCCAACUUAUCAAAGCCGAGGAUUGCAAUGCUACAGAGUUAGUCGAGAUGGAAGUGAAAGUUAUCGAUACCAAGCACAGUAGUGAUAACUCUUCUCUGUACGUGAAACCUGAAAACAACUUUCUCGGUGUCUGUCUUACAAGUCCGAGAAACAGUGAUGGCAAAAACUACACAGCCUGUUUUAAAGCGGAUGAAUGUUUCCCUAAUAAUGGCAAGCUACAUGAGUUCAGGCCAUGGAUGAGUAUGGGGAAAAAGAUGCUUACUUUUGGAGUCUGGAGUAGCACAUGCAAAAGAAAAUGUACGAUAAAUAUUUCUUCAAGAGAAGUCCAAAAUUUCAGCGUGUUCGCGUAUGGUUCUUUCAGGUGGAUGAAAUCACAGCCACCAGAAUAUUGUAGCUUAGAACAUAUAAAUAAAUCAAUCCCAUUCACCCGAAACUGCGAGGACCGUUCAAUCCUCAAGAUUCCCACUCAAAGCAAAGAUGGAAACAUGAAAUCUAACACCACAGCCAUAACCACUGGCACAAUCAUAACCACGGGCACAACCAUAACCCCCGGCACAGCCGUAACCACUGUGUCUGAGGCUGAGUCCGAAACGUCCUAUUUUCACUCACGGCUACUGCCGACAAUAAUAGCGCCACUGAUGGCAGGAGUGGUGAUAGUUAUACUUGUAGCAGUGGCCUGGCGGAAGCUUGAUCUGACAUCAUGUAGCACAGCAGCGGCAGACCAUCUCGUUCAGCCAGGCAACGAUCCACAGGUUACAGAAAAUGACCUGUACGGAUCAGUAGGCAAUCUCAUGAACAACCCUUCACCUACAGAAGGAGGAACAUCCCUUAUCAUCGAAAACGAACUCUAUGAAACCUGCAGCGGCUACAGCAGGAACAGGCACGACCACUAGACGACGAAGAUGAAGGAAAGUGUUUGUAGUUCGCUUGAGAAAAAAAAUGUGUCAGCUUUUCAAGGCAUUACUUGACCUAGAAACUGUUUGCCUCCUUUUCUUUUCACCUGGUUUUGAUAAAUUUCACGAUUGUUUAUUUUCACUGUUUUUAUGGUUAUUAGCUUGUGUUUUUUUUAUGUUUUUUUUUUUCUCUUAAUCUUGGUGAUUUUUGUAAUUUGGUUUUCUCUAUGUAUUUCAUGAGCUACACCGAUUUCUUAUUUGAUCUGUAGUGUGUGUGUGUGUGUGUGUGUGUGUGUGUGUGUGUGUGUGUGUGUGUGUGUGUGUGUGUGUGUUAUUAUUGUUAUUAUUAUUUUUGUAUGUUAUUGACAUACAACAGUGCUUUUACUUAAUUUAUAUGUUCUAUUAAGAAAUUUUCUUUGAUAUUUCUGAUGUAUUAUUGUGUUUUCACAAAGCUCGGAUUUGUCUUUAUUACGGCUCCCUGGAUUGGAUAGGGAAGAUACUUUAGACAAUUAUAGCCAUCGAGAUCAUCAUGUUUCACUGUUUCAGCAGUGUCCAAAUGUUUUUGGAAGGCAUUUGUAACAUUAUGUUGUACUGGGGUUUUCAUAAGGUGACUGCCCGAGGACCGUUUUGAAACAACGGUAUGUGAAUAAAGCACUCUGUCAAUUGGAAAAAAAAAAAAAAGAAAAACAUUGGAUAUGUAUAUGUAUCUGGUUCUGCUAUAUGCUGCUUUAGUGUUUCGCGCCUCUGUCAGACGAUGACGCAUCUUAUUUUAGCUGGCAUCUUUACAAAUUGUAGGAACAAACAAUAGGAUCCAUGAAAUUUAAGUGGAGCGAAUUGGCUUAAAAAAGAGAAAAAAUAACGGAAAUUUUUUUUUGUGAUAUCCCUACAUACCAAAAAAUGAAUAAGCAAAAUAAAUAGAUGAAUAAUUGA